AAAUCUUGCUAUUUAACAUUAUUGUAACUAGAUAUAACUUUGAAGUACGGUCAGGCGACGUUAUCGAGGAAGCUAUUGCCUUAAACACUCUCGGCGCUGGUGGAGCUUCGGCUCACCGGCGUCGGGAAAACUUAACCGAUUUGUCCUUAUGCUUCAAGAUCCUGCUCCUUUUUUCUUUCUGUUUAAGUUUUCCCCAUUUUUUUCCCCUUUUGUCCAAGCUUUUCAAGCUCUUUUGAACUCUUUUUACCCCGACGGCUGUUUAUCAAGCAAAGGACAGAGGUGGUUUCCGGUGAACUCCCUCUCUCAACUUUUAUCCGCACCACAAGAACAGAAGCAUCUGCAAGUCAGCGAGUUACAAAAAUCGGAUCUCCUUUCAGAUCUGAAAUUUUCUCGAUCUGUACUUCACUUCACCCCUGAAGAACCCUCACCCUGGGCUUCGUUACUGGCAGGAGGCAUCUCUCUUGGACCAGUAGAUGCGCCAUGCUCAGGGGAGACGUCGACGGCGCAAGGCGAUCUUCUUCUGGGGGCAACUGCUAAACAAUCUGAAACGAGUAAGUCUUCUUGCCUCCCCGCCGUAACAUCGGACCAAACUCAUACCAAACUAUUGAUGCAUCGUGUACUUCCGAUGAGCCCGUGUUCAAGGCAAAACUUUCAACCCUCUCCGGCCAGCCGCCUUGGUCUCUCUCUGUUGAUAGCCAAAGAUCGAUUAGGGCUUCCCUUAGUGGACCCUCAAUCAGUUUUUGGCCCAUUAAGGCCCCAACUAAUUAAGCCCAAUAAGUGUGCCUCAAUUCCAAAUCCGUUAAAGCCCAGGUACGACCUCAUAUCUAAAUUGUCGAAGUUAAAACCUAGUCGACGGUGUGAUCAAGAUUACGAUGCCUAUGGAUUCCAUCGGAGAAGUAAUUCACUGUUGUUACUAUGGCGGAACUUCCAUCUUCUGAAAACCCUGGUCUCAUGUCUCGGCGAAACUAGUGAACCACCUCAAGCAUCAGAGCAUCUCGAUCCCUGCUCGAACCCUUGUCAAAGCUCUACACUCUGUAGCUCUUCUCAUGCCGGCGAGAAUCACAGCUCUGCCCCUUUACUCAACGCUACUUCGUCAUGUUAUUACGACAGUGGCAAUCUCUUCAUCCAUCAUGGAAGAAGUAUCGACAAUCCUUGACCUCACAUGUACCAAUAUGCUUCAUAGCUUUUGGCUCAAAGCUCUCAGGAAUCAAUUGUCGAUUAACCUUAUCUACCUUGUUUAUUUUUGCUGCUUUGUUAUUUUGGCAUUGGGGAAUGCCCAUUUCAAGUUUGUUUUAAACAAUGGAUUCUCAGAAUCCUCCUUAUUCUGUAUUUGUUAUCUUUUUUAAUGGAAUGAAAGCAAAUGU